GCUGAGGGCAGUUAUCUGUGACACCUCUGUGAGUAGCCUGGUUUUGCUUUUUUUUCUUUUGGUGAGAGGAACCUUCAAAGUUACCAUCCCCAGCCUGGUCCUCAUGCUACCUUGGCUCCUGCUGUUGAUCUGUGCUCUACCGUGUGAACCUGCUGGAAUCUCUGAUGUGAGCUUGAAGACACGGCCCCCGGGAGGAUGGGUGAUGGAGGGAGACAAGCUGGUCCUCAUCUGCUCGGUUGAUAGAGUCACUGGGAAUAUAACUUACUUCUGGUACAGAGGGGCCCUGGGUUUCCAUCUGGAAACAAAGACACAGCCUGCACUAACAGCAGAGUUUGAGAUCAGUGACAUGAAGCAGAGCGAUGCUGAUCAAUAUUACUGUGCGGCUAACGAUGGCCACGACCCUAUCCCCAGUGAGCUGGUGAGCGUCCACGUCAGAGUUCCAGUGUCUCGCCCUGUCCUUACGUUUGGGGACUCUGGAACCCAGGCUGUGCUAGGGGACCUGGUGGAGCUUCACUGUAAGGCCCCGAGAGGCUCACCCCCAAUCUUCUACCAGUUUUAUCAUGAGAGCAUCAUCCUGGGGAACAGUUCUGCACCCUCUGGAGGAGGAGCAUCCUUCAACUUCUCCCUGACUGCAGAACAUUCUGGAAACUUCUCCUGUGAGGCCAGCAAUGGCCAGGGUGCCCAACGAAGCGAGGUGGUGGCUCUCAACUUAACAGGUCUCUCCUUAGUGCCUACUGAGAAUGGAAUCAGCCAUCUCUCCUUAGGACUCACUGGGUGGCUGCUUGGCUGUCUUGGCCCCAUCACCAUGGCCUUAAUAUUUUGCUACUGGCUCAAGAGAAAAAUAGGAAGACAGUCAGAGGAUCCACUCAGGAACCCUCCUCAGACUGUGCUCCAAGGAUCCACCUACCCCCAAACCCCCGGCCCAAGGCAGCCAGAGCCCCUGUAUGAGAACGUGAACGUUGUAAGUGGCGAUGAAGUGUACUCUCUAGUGUACCACACCCCACAGGUGCUGGAACCAGCAGCAGCUCAGCAUGUGAGGACACACGGAGCAAGUGAGGUCCAGGGAGGGAUAGCCUGAAGAUUCCAGCUUGUAUCAAGAGCCAUGCUAGCUACAGAGAAGCCAGCCAUGAACUGCUCUGCUCUAUAAAGGCAUCCUUGAACAGCCACUACUUUCUUUUCAGCAUUCAGAUUGCUGAGGAGUGCCUAUCUUCAUCAACAAGGGUGAUGCCGAUCUCAAAGGGGCAGAGUUGACUCUUGGGAAGGUAAAAAUCCUCUUACUCUUGUUUAAUGACUAAAAGAUGCUUUGGGAUGCAGUCAAACACGUGGUAUUAAAUUUUGAUAGAAGAAGGGGUCAGAUCUUUUAAAAAAUGAUGUCUGAAAAGAAUGACCAUGUGGGGCAGUGGAUAGCGCCACCAGACAGAAGAACUCGUGUGGUAGUAGCAAAGAUCAGAACCCUGAUAAAACUCAUAACUGAGAGUGGGUAGGAGUCUGAAUUAGCUCCUAACCAGAUUCUUGUCCUGGAGCAUGUGACCACAACACCCUCUAAGAGGACCGUGUUGGUCACGUAGCAUAAUCUCUGGUUCACCCUGAGUAAACUGUUGCAUCUUCAUCUGCCAUGAAUAAAGCAGUUUGGACAAGCAA